UUUCCCCCAAACCAUAUCCAUACACCUUGCUUUCUCUCACUAAAAUUAUAAAUCAAAAUUUCCGCCGCCUGUUUUUAGAGAGAGAGAGAUCGGAAAUGGCGAUGAAGGAGAAGGCGGAGGGAAGCAGCAAGGCGAAGGAGGUGCACUACAGGGGGGUGAGGAAGCGGCCAUGGGGCCGCUACGCCGCCGAGAUCCGCGAUCCAGGGAAGAAAUCGCGCGUCUGGCUCGGGACCUUCGACACCGCCGAGGAGGCCGCGCGUGCCUACGACGCCGCCGCCCGCGAAUUCCGCGGCGCGAAGGCGAAGACGAAUUUCCCCGCGCACGCCUCGUCCGCCGCGGUGCGCAGCCCCAGCCAAAGCAGCACCGUCGAGUCCUCCAGCGCCGAUCUGAACGCACGCGCUCAGAUCGUCGAGCUCGAUCUCACGCGCCGCCUCGGCGCUGCGCCGGAUCGGAGCGUGACCGUCGCCGAUGCAGCUCCGAUUGGAGGAUACCAGUUUUUCCGGCGGAUGGCGGUGCUUCCGAACGGGCAGCCGGUGAUCCUGUUCGAUCCGGCGAUGGCGGCGGCGGCUUACAGGAUGAGCGCGGCGGGGUGCGGCGGCGGCGGAGUGAAGCGGAGCGACUCUGACACCUCGUCGGUGGUGGAUGAGAUCAAUUUUGACGGAGGGGAGGGGAAGAGGGGACUGGAUCUCGAUCUGAACAUGCCGCCGCCUGUGGAGGUGUGAAUGCUGGCGGAGGAAGGUUCUAGAAUUGGAUCGGAGCUGAGGGAGGGAAAUGACGUCUGAUUUUUGUAUAUAUAUUUAAAAUUAAAAAAAGGAACCCUUGUUUUUUGCAGCUGAGAAUGUGAUAUCUCUGGUUGUUUCCACCGCCGGCGGCGGAUGUUAGGGUUUUGGUGGAUUAAUUAGUUCCCGUUUUUUUGUAAUUUUGAAAAGCAAAAAAAAAAGGUUAAAGAUGAAGACAUUCAUGUAGCUCAUUCGAUUUUGAAUCCUAUGUGGUAUGUUGAAUUGUGUUUGAUUCAUGAAUAAUAAUUGCCAUUAUUCGGAA